AUGUAUGAUGACAUUUCAAGUGAAUUUGGCAGUAUUAUACCACAAACAGGUAUGGUAACUUUAGUGGCUGCCGAUGAUCGACAAUUAUCGGUACGUAUGAAGACUCAGACAACAACAUCAGUUCCACAAUGCAAUACAACAGCACGCCGUAUGCAAAUUCAAAGUUAUAUUGCACAGAACUGGACCUCGAGCAGUACAGAUUGCACCGGAAAUCCAUACACCGGCAAUUUUAAAUUUUGUCAAAAAGCGUGCUUGAAAGAUAUUACAUGCGUCGGCUUUACUAGAGCUAAAAGCGCUUCAGAUAGCAACUCCAAUGCCGCAUGUUAUUUGAAAAAGAACAUUACGGGGGCUGGUGUUUACAAUAGUGCCACAUAG